AUGAUGCAAGCACCAGUAAUCGUUAUGAAUACGAAUGUAGAACGGGAGACGGGGAGAAAAGCCCAAAUCUCUAAUAUUACGGCGGCUAAGACCGUUGCCGAUGUUAUACGUACCUGUCUUGGACCCCGUUCUAUGCUUAAAAUGCUACUUGAUCCAAUGGGUGGAGUUGUGCUUACAAAUGAUGGUAAUGCCAUUCUUCGUGAGGUUGAAGUCGCUCACCCGGCAGCUAAGAGUAUGAUUGAGUUGAGUCGAACGCAGGAAGAAGAAGUCGGUGAUGGUACUACCAGUGUUAUAAUUUUGGCCGGUGAAGUGCUUGCACAAGCAUUACCUUACCUUGAAAGAAAUAUUCAUCCUAUCAUAAUCAUAUCAGCAUUUAAAAAGGCUCUUGAAGAUGCUAUUAAAGCAAUCGAAGAAAUUUCAAAACCAGUAGAUAUCCUCGAUCAAAAGGAGAUGUUGAAUUUAGUUAAAAGUUCUAUUGGAACGAAAUUUGUGAGUCGUUGGAGUGAUUUGAUGUGUGAAUUAGCCUUAAAUGCCGUUAAAACAGUUGCAAAAGAUGAGGAUGGAAAGCGCGAAGUUGAUAUUAAAAGAUAUGCUCGUGUCGAGAAGAUUCCUGGUGGUGAAAUUGAAGAGUCAAGAGUAUUAGAUGGUAUUAUGUUGAAUAAAGAUGUAACACAUCCUAGCAUGCGUCGUAGUAUUAAAAAUCCACGUAUAGUACUUUUGGAUUGCCCAUUGGAAUAUAAGAAAGGAGAAUCUCAAACAUCGGCAGAGAUCAUAGAUGAAAGUCAUUGGAAUAGAUUAUUACAAAUCGAAGAAGAGCAAAUUAAAGAAAUAUGUGAAAGAAUCAUUUCAGUUAAACCUGACCUUGUAUUCACCGAAAAGGGAGUUUCUGAUCUUGCACAGCAUUAUUUAUUGAAGGCUAAUAUUUCUGCUAUUCGUCGUGUUCGCAAAACUGAUAAUAAUCGUAUCGCUCGUGCUAUAGGUGCUACUAUAGUAAACCGAUUAGAUGAUUUAAAAGAAGAAGACGUUGGUACAGGAUGUGGUUCCUUCAAUAUUGAAAAGAUUGGUGAUGAUUAUUUCACUUUCCUUACACAAUGCAAAAAUCCAAAAGCAUGUACAAUCCUACUUCGUGGUCCAUCGAAGGAUAUUCUCAACGAAGUAGACCGUAAUCUUCAGGAUGCAAUGUGCGUUGCUAGAAAUGUGUUCUUUAAUCCACGAUUAGCUCCUGGAGGCGGUGCAACUGAGAUGGCUAUAAGUGUGAAACUUUCGGAAAAUGCAAAAGCAAUAGUGGGAGUGGAACAAUGGCCUUAUAAAGCUGUUGCGGAAGCCAUGGAGGUUAUUCCAAGGACUUUGAUACAAAAUUGUGGCCAAAAUCCUAUUAAAGUUUUGACACAAUUGAGGGCUAAACAUGCUACAGGAAAUUACUCUUAUGGUAUUGAUGGGGAAGCUGGGACAGUUGUUGACAUGCAUGAAUACGGUAUUUGGGAACCAAGUGCUUCCGCAUGUUUACUCCUUCGCGUAGAUGACAUUGUGUCUGGUGUCUCAAAGAAAAAGUCUGGAGGCGCUCCACAACCAACGCAGGAUGCUGAGGGUGGUGAAGGUGCGGAUUUAGGAGAACGAUAA